AUGGGUUCCCCCAGAAAUAAAGAGACACUCUUAUGUGAGGAAUUCAAAAUUGAUAUCCAGGCUAAGAAACUCCCCUGGUAUUAUGCCCCCACAUACCUACUCUUCUGGGUUGGACUCUUCUUUGCCGUGGUGAUUCCACUCUUUAAUUAUCUUCCCAAGGGAGUCAAACAGGAGGAGGAAUCUACUCUACCUGGAACCUUUGUGGCUCAGCGGGCAGAGAGCCUGCUGCUCCAGAUGGAUAUAAUGGGUCCCAAGAUAACUGGGGAUUAUGUAACCGAGGUGACCAUGGUUCAGUUUCUGCUCGACGAGAUAGGCAAGGUGCGCCGGGAGAUGAGGGAAGAUCUAUUCGAGAUGGAAGUGGAUGUGCAGCGUUGCAGUGGCUCCUAUCUCCUGUGGCAAAUGGUGAACAUGUAUCAAGGGGUUCAGAAUGUUGUUGUCAAGUUGAGUCCAAAAAGUUCCAACAGCAGCUCCUACUUGCUGAUCAACAGUCACUUUGACUCGAAGCCAACCAGCAGGGGAACUGGUGAUGCCGAGGUAAUGAUUGCUACCAUGUUGGAGGUGCUUCGUUUAAUGGCCACUUCUGAGGAGAACUUUCUUCACCCCAUUGUUUUCCUCUUUAAUGGUGGUGAAGAGCAGCCAGCUCAUGGCUCUCAUGGCUUUAUAACCCAGCACAGGUGGUCAGCCAACUGCAAGGCUCUCAUCAACCUAGACUCGGCUGGUGCUGGAGGUCGUGAAUUACUAUUUCAGGGAGGUCCCAACCAUCCUUGGCUGAUGCAGCAUUAUAAGAGAAGUGCCAGGCAUCCUUUUGCCACCACCAUAGCUGAGGAAAUUUUUCAGGCUAAUCUUAUACCUUCUGGAACAGAUUUUGUGAUCUUCAGCGACUAUGGGCCAGUGCCAGGUUUGGACAUGGCUGGUUGCUAUAAUGGCUUUGUUUACCAUACAAAGUUCGAUCGUUUCAGCCAGAUUUCCAGAGGUUCUAUACAAAAUACAGGCGACAAUGUUAUUUCCUUGGUCAGGAGUAUAGCCAAUGCCGAGGAAAUGUUUGAUACAGAGGCUCACUCCGAGGGCCACUCUGUUUUCUUUGAUUACCUGGGUCUCUUUUUCGUUUACUAUACCGAGUCCACGGGUAUAAUUCUCAACAUUUCCUUUUCUUUGGGGGCCAUGCUUCUCGUCUGCCUUUCUUUGUGGCGAAUGUCCAAAGUUUCAGGACGGAGAAUAGGCACCUACUCCCGGGCCUUUGGAAUGCAGUUUCUUCUGGCAUUAUUGGGAUUGUUGCUGGCCUUGGUGUUUCCCAUACUCAUGUCUGUAUUUUAUGGCCUAGGCAAUCGUACAAUGAGUUAUUUUAGCAACAGUUGGUUAAUCAUCGGCCUUUUCGUCUGUCCCUCAGUGAUUGGCCUAGUUCUGCCCAGUACUCUUUAUCUGAGUCUUCGACCAAGCGAGAAGAUCCCACACACUUAUCACCUGCAGAUUGUGGGACAUGCUCACUGUGUGCUCUUAGCGGUGCUCUGCAUCCUGGUCACAGCUAUUGGCAUUCGAACUGCUUAUCUCUUUAUGAUUUGCAUAUUUUUCUACAUGGCAGCUUUGAUCAUUAAUCUGGCUAGUAGACUUCAUGAUAAAGGUUACCUGUGGUGUGUAAUGCUUGGAGUUUGCCAGAUCCUGCCCUUCCUGUACUUCUCCUAUUUGUUUCACACUCUCCUGGUUAUAACCAUUCCUAUGACCAGUCGGAAUGGCAUGACCAUUAACCCCGAUAUGCUGAUAUCCCUUCAGUGUGCUUUGGGUUCCAUUCUGGCUUUCGUUUUUGUGGCUCCCCUACUAAAUCUUUUCCGCCGUCCCAAAAGCUUGAUUGGUGGCCUGGCUUUGGUGAUGUUUAUUUUCUGCAUGAUUUCUAUCUCAGAGGUGGGCUUUCCCUACCGCUCCAAGACCAAUGUGAUGCGUCUUCACUUUCUGGAAGUACAUCGCAGGUUUUAUGAGUACGAUGGCUCUAUUAGCCUGGAGGACAGCGGCUAUUACUUUGACUUUCAGGACAGUCAUUUGGGAAAUCCUCUACAGGGCUCAGUUAAUCUCACGGGACUCACUCGUGUAGAUGAUCAGUGUCAGAGGGAGAUGAAGUGUGGAAUGCCUUGUUUUAAUCAUCGUUGGUGUGCCACCGUAAAGAAUGCCCGCUGGUUGCCGCGGGAGGAACCCGUGGUUAUACCUGGAUCUUUGGUCUUAAAUCUACUUAACAAGACAGUGGUGGAGAGUGUUUCGAAACCAAGGGUUCUUUACGAGUUUCGGCUGUCAGGUCCACCAAGGAUGAGCCUGUUUAUUAAACCUUUAGAGGGAGUGAAAAUGUUGAACUGGUCCUUCCUCAAGGGAAUGCUGGACAAUCCGUCGAUCUACAAGCCUCCGUAUCACAUCUUUAUAGGCUACGGCAUUGACACUUCACCCAUUGAUUUCUAUUUAGAACUUACGAAAGACGGUGGCAACUUCCAUGAGCCAGUGUUUGAGUUGGGUGUUUCUGGUCACUACAUGAGUCACCUGAGUCAGCGAGAUGCCACCACUCAGAGAUUCCUCAAUGAUCUGCCAGACUUUGCUCAUCCCAUGGAGUGGCCUACAUCCUACGAUAGGUAUAUAUUCUAA